AUGAACAACAACAAGCAACUCACCAAUGUGCCCUCCCAAUCAUUGAGCUCAACCGAUGCCUACUUCAAAGUCAACCCGAGCUCCGACCAAAGUCAAACCUCCCAAUCAACAAACUCGACCGAUGCCAACUCCGAAGUCAACCCGAGCCCCGAGCAAAAUCAACCCUCCAAUGUAGUCACUCUGGUGACAUCGUCACCCAUCCCCAACGACGAGCCCAAAUAUUGGCUCUCGAACGGCUUUGUCCGAGUCCCGACCACCGAUUGGGUGUACAACACCAUCAAUGCAAGGUUGGUGUCGAGUUUGCGCGCUAAUCGAGUUCACGCUCGCACGGAGUCCAUUUACAAGCACGAUUAUUGCUCGAGCGUUAGGAGCCGGGUGAGGUUCGAGUGUUUCCAUGUGUGCUUUGUGGCCACCGAGAGGAUGCGCCGAGGAGGUCCGAACAUAAUUAAGUACGGUUGGUAUGGUGCGUCAAAAAGUGAGAUUAACAUGAUUCUUGCGCAUGGGUUCGGGCUCCCGACAAGCAAUAUUAACCGGGUUUCUCCACGUGGUGUUUAUUUCAACUCUCUCGAUCGAGCUAUAAACGGUUUGGAGUCGUCGAUUGCGGAUGAGGAAGGCGUUAAGCAUAUGUUGCUUUGUCGUUUGCUAAUGGGAAACAUGGAGGUCGUCAAUCCAUUCUCCGGGCAAGAGAAUCCGAGUUUCGAAGCUUUCGACAAUGGGGUGGAUGAUCUCACGCAUCCCAAGAAGUAUCUCGUCUGGCACACCAAGAUGAAUACUCACGUGCUGCCUGACUUCGUCGUCAGUUUCCGAACAUCUCCAUGCACCGGCGCAUGUUUAAGGGUUUUACAGCCUGUGAGAAGUUGGAUACCUAUUCCAACUCUCAUUAAUGCCCUGUCUAGCGCCUUGCCAAGGGACAAACUCAAGCUGGUUAUCGAGAGAUACAAGGACUAUAGAACUCGCAAAAUAAUGAGGCAUGAAAUGGUUCAAACCCUAAGGAGCGUGGCUGGAGACAGGUUGCUGCAAGCCAUUUUGAAAUCUUAUGAGAAGGCCGUCUGA